AUGGCGCCCGGCAAGAAACCUCGUGCAUCUUUCGAUUCCUUCAUUGAGGCUGAACGUCUUGAACGAAGGAAAAAGGAAAACCAGACACUUGCAAACCAACUCUUGAGCAAAAAGAGCAGACGCGCGAGCGCUCCUGGUCCUGGGAUCGGAAACAAGAAAGCGCCUGCGGAGAAGAGUUUGGCUAGUCGGAUUGGUGUUACUAAGCGCUCUGCGUCAACAUCGUCGAAACCAAAAUUUAACCCCCUCGUCGCUGCUCGCUCCGCCGCCGCCUCGUCGACACGCGGUGCACGACCAGGUCUGUCUGGUAGUAUCCGACGCACUCGCGAAGACCGCAUGCUCGCCGAUAUCAACGCUGGGAAUGACGUGCAAGUGAAAAGCAAUGUUACCGGAAAAGGAAUCUCUAUCAAGGGAACGGGCUCUGGUCCCUUCGUGGUCCUGGCCAGGAACUUUGCGCCAGGCACGAAUGCUGCCGAUAUCGAGGCCGCUCUGGAACCCGUUGCUGGGAAGAUUCAAGGAGUGAAUAUUCAAACCUUUACGCCCUAUGUUAGCGCGGAGAUUGCGUGUGCUGAGAAGUGGGGGGCUGAGGCUAUCGUGGCACAAUUUCAUGGUCAAAAGGCGGAUGGCAGAGUUCUGCAUCUCGAAUACAAAGGCACCAACUUUUCGUCCUUCAACCCUCCAACCGCCCCUCGUGGCGCUUCCAACUACGACCAUUUCAGAGAACAAGCAAACCGCGAGCGCAUAGAAAGCAGAAAAGCCGAGGUGCAAGAUGGCAGACCGGGAUUCGACGAGAACAGUAACAGAGGCCGCUUCGGACGAGGAGGAAGAGGUCGCGCAUCCAACGGAGCAAACCGCAACCAGCAGAGUAAUGGGUUGUACAGCGACGAGAUGAUGGUUGAUGCCCCGGCGGCGUCUGCUUCACAGCGAGGACGAAAGACUCGUUAG